GCGCUUUGUGGAAACAGCAUUUCUUCGGAUAGAGCUGUAUGUGUGCAUGUGUAGUGCGUCUGAAUGUGUUUGUUUUGAGUCAAAACUGUUGUACUUAGGAAUAAAUUGUACGUUUAACAUAAGAAAUCGAUUUGCAAGUGCACUAGCAUGGAUAACAAGGCAGCGUCAUAUUUAUCCAUCGGUGGUUAAUCAGGUUCUUCUGAGUAUGUGAGGAUGUUUCAUCCGAGGCUCUAAUACGAUGCUCCGUCUGAUAUCAUGUCACCGGUGGCAGACCUUCAUACGAACUGGAGUUUGGGUAAGAUGGUGCUCCACCUCUAUGAAACCCAAAUCCCAGCAGGGCUCAGACCAGACCCGUCUGAACCCCCUCAACAUCCAGAUGCUCUCCAGGAACCUGCAGGAGCAGAUAUUUAAGGGUCGGACGCAGGAGUACACAGACGAGGAUGUUGAACGCAGUAUAGAACACUUGGAGCAACAUAAACUCUGGGGGAAAGAAGCGAUCCUGUUACCAGACGUAGAACUCAAGUUGCCUCAAAUGUACGGCAAUGACAUUGACGAACACUUCUCUUUACUUGCCCAAAAGCAGAGCCUUCCUUAUCUAGAUGCGGCCAGUCAGCUUCAGAGAGCAAGGCUUCCCAGGAUGCCCAAGGAAUGGGCUUGGGAAGUUGGCUGGACUCGGUAUGGCCCUGGCGGAGAACGCCAAAGUGUGAAUUUUCCAGAUGAGAAAGCUAUCGUGUUUGAUGUGGAAGUCUGCAUGGAGGAGGGACAAUGUCCUACGUUGGCCGUAGCGGUUUCCCCAAAUGCCUGGUACUCAUGGUGCAGUAAGAGACUCAUAGAGGAGAGAUACACCUGGUCUAGUGAUCUGACGAUGGCUGAUCUCAUCCCUCUGGAGACCCCAGCAAACUCCACCCAGCCGCAGGCUGGUAAAUGGAGGGAGAGGCUUGUGGUUGGACACAAUGUGAGCUUUGAUCGGGCACACAUUAAAGAACAGUAUUUACUGAAGGGCUCCAAAAUGCGUUUCCUGGACACAAUGAGUCUCCACAUGGCAAUCUCAGGUCUGACAGGAUUCCAGCGCUCACUCUGGAUGGCCAGCAAAUACGGCAAGAGAAAAGGGCUACAAGAAGUGAAGGAGCACAUGAAACGCCUCAGCAGAAGAUCUGAGGGCCCAAAGAUUGGCUCAUGGGAAUGGGUUGAUAUCAGUAGUAUUAAUAACCUUGCUGAUGUUCACGCUCUCUACGUGGGAGGAGAACCGUUGAAGAAAGAAGCUAGGGAUCUGUUCGUGAAGGGCAGCAUGUCAGACAUUCGGACAAAUUUUCAGGAGCUGAUGCAGUAUUGUGCUCUUGAUGUUUUGGCCACACAUGAGGUCUUCAUUCAACAGUUGCCUCUCUUUAUGGAGCGGUGUCCUCACCCAGUGACACUUGCAGGUAUGCUAGAAAUGGGCGUAUGCUACCUUCCUGUCAAUCAGAACUGGAAGCGGUACUUGGAAGAUGCCCAGACCUCUUAUGAAGAGCUGCAGAGAGAGAUGAAGAAAUCGUUAAUGAUUCUAGCUGACGAUGCCUGCCAGUUAUUGGAGGAUGAUCGGUACAAAGAUGAUCCCUGGCUGUGGGACUUGGAUUGGGAUGUUCAGGAUUUUAAGCAAAAGAAAAUGACUGUAGGCAAGAAGAAAGCCAAACAAGAGGCUGAGGCAACAGCAGCAGCAAACAAAAAUGUACCCGAAGACUGGAACGAGGACCCAGGUCCUCCUUCAGAAGAAGAGCAGGCAGCUUCAGACCCCAGUAGAGAGCUUUUACAGAGACUGAAGGAGACAGUCAGCUACCUGCCAAAAAGGAGACAGCACUUACCGGCCCACCCCAGCUGGUACCGGAAGCUGUGUGUGAAGAUGUCUGAGGCCGAGGACUGGUCUCCUGGAGCCAGUCUCAUCAGUCUGCAGAUGAGGGUCACACCCAAGUUAAUGGGCCUCACGUGGGACGGCUAUCCCCUGCACUACACCGACCAACAUGGCUGGGGUUACCUGGUACCAGGCCGCAGAGAUAACCUGGACACCUCAGAGGACAGUGAAGGACCUGUAUGUCCGUAUAGGGCAAUCGAGAGAAUUUAUAAGGAGUAUUGUGAGCGCAAGGGAAAGGAACAGCCCCAGUAUCCGGACAGCCCACCUUCUGAUGAGUUCAUGUUGACUGACAGUUCCGUUUGGCAGACGGUUGAAGAAGUAAGUCGACUGGAAGCAUUUGAUGAUGAAGCGCUGAGUACAACAGGGCCAUCCAAGAGGAUCAAGAAAAAACUAAAUUCAUUAGUCAAAAAUGGAAACGGCGAGUGUCCCUAUCACCAUGGAAAUGGCCCAUACAAUGAUGUCAACAUCCCUGGUUGCUGGUUCUUUAAACUGCCUCAUAAGGACGGAAAUGAGAACAAUGUGGGUAGUCCGUUUUCUAAAGACUUCCUGUCUAAAAUGGAGGACGGUACGCUUCAGGCAGGACGGGACGGCACCAACGCCACACGAGCACUGGAGAUCAACAAGAUGAUAUCAUUUUGGAGAAAUGCUCAAAAACGCAUCAGCUCCCAAAUGGUGGUAUGGCUCCGUAAGGCAGAACUGCCGCGCACUGUUAGACUACAUGAACACUUUGAGGAAGGACAGUAUGGUGCCAUUUUACCACAGGUCGUCACAGCUGGAACCGUCACACGCAGAGCUGUAGAACCGACGUGGCUGACUGCAAGUAAUGCUCGGAAAGAUCGUGUAGGCAGUGAGCUGAAGGCCAUGGUGCAGGUGCCUCCUGGGUAUCAUCUGGUGGGAGCAGAUGUGGACUCUCAAGAGCUGUGGAUCGCUGCCAUACUUGGCGAAGCACAAUUUGCAGGAAUGCAUGGAUGCACAGCAUUUGGGUGGAUGACACUCCAGGGAAAGAAAAGUCAGGGUACGGACCUGCACAGCCGUACCGCAGAUGCUGUGGGCAUUAGCCGUGAACAUGCAAAGGUCUUCAACUAUGGCCGGAUUUACGGGGCAGGUCAGCCGUUUGCAGAACGACUUCUAAUGCAGUUUAAUCACAGACUAAGCCAACAGGAAGCAGCUAAUAAAGCUCGUCAGAUGUACGCACUUACCAAAGGACUGCGCAGAUAUCACCUGUCUGAAGAAGGGGAGUGGUUGGUAAAGAAGUUAGAUCUGGAGGUGGAAAGAGCUGAGGAUGGCAGCGUCUCACUCCAGCAUUUGCGUAAAAUCUCCAAACUGGCAGGUCAAAGUACCACUAGGGGGAGCAUGAGGAAGUGGAAUCUCACAGGACAGCGUGUAUGGGCGGGCGGUACAGAAUCAGAGAUGUUCAAUAAGCUGGAAAGUAUCGCCCAUUCUGAGGAACCAGCAACUCCAGUGCUGGGCUGCAGGAUUUCCAGAGCUCUGGAACCUUCUGCUGUUCAAGAAGAGUUCAUUACCAGCCGAGUAAACUGGGUGGUUCAGAGUUCAGCAGUGGACUAUCUCCAUUUAAUGCUGGUGGCCAUGCGGUGGCUGUUCGAGGAACACAACAUUGAUGGCCGCUUCUGCAUCAGUAUUCACGAUGAGGUGCGUUAUCUGGUGACGAGCGAAGAUCGCUAUACAGCCGCACUGGCCCUGCAGAUCACCAACCUGCUCACCAGGUGCAUGUUUGCUUAUAAACUGGGAAUGAUGGAUCUGCCGCAGUCAGUGGCUUUCUUCAGCGCGGUGGACAUUGAUAAGUGCUUACGGAAGGAGGUGACCAUGGACUGCAUGACUCCAUCCAACCCCACGGGAGUGGAACGGAGAUACGGGAUACCACAAGGUGAGGCGUUAGACAUUUAUCAGAUUAUAGAGAUCACCAAAGGAUCACUAGACAAAGAAAAACGUCAAGCUCCAAGGUUAAAAUAAUAUCUGUGGCAUGAAAAGAACAAAUGCAGUCUCUCAGCACAUAAAAAACGCCCCAG